AUGAAAGUAGAAAAAGACACACGAAAGUUUAACACAUCAAUGUAUAAGUUAACUGGAUUUGAUCACAUCCGGAUAAAGCACACCUUGAAUGCCCAGACCUUUAAGAGAAUCUUUCAGAGAUACAAAAUAGUAGAGCACUCUGCGUUUACAGAGCUAGUGCUUCAUGGAACAGCUGAGGAGCUGGAAAGUGAGCGUAAAAAGAUAGAAAAAGUCGUUGUGCAGAUGCAAAGAAUCAUGGCUGCCAUGGGAAGAGUGUCUCUAAUCUGGGAAGAGGGCGAAUCCGUUAUCUAG